UGAAGCUUUGGCGACUCUUAGUGGGGGUCCAAAGAAGCCUCUUGCAUACAGUGGACAUAUUCUCAACGUUAAACUGAUACAGACGUUUAACGGCUGACGGUAAAUUAAACCAACCCCCCCUUCCUCUCCCGUCCUGGUUGUAAACACUAACGGCUCAUCAUCCCCGUAAACCUUCAUUUUCUAACCGAACUAACGGUUGAAGCAGACGUCAACCGUCGACGCUCACUCGGGUCUUUACGUGAAUCCGAAAAGACACGAAGCGCCAAGCUCGUCCCACGACUUUAACCGUAACUGCCCCGAAGCUCCGCCAUUGGUCCCAACCGUCCAUCCGCCGGGGCAGGGAGGCGGGGCCGAGCUGUUGAAUGACGGCCGUAGCUUUGUUGACACUUUAGAGCCGAAACAGCCUCCGGGACCCACACGGGCCUACCUAAUUCACAUUUACACCCGCGUACGUUUUAUCAGAUGAAACAGGAGGAGCGCCUAAUCCUUUCGUUCAUCGCCGGGGGGGAUGUUGCGUACCGUGUGCGGACUGCGUGACUGGACGAUACGGUGUCGGAGCCGAGCGGACGUUUUCACAGGUUGAUGAUCCGUGUUUGAGCACCGAGCAGGGAGACCAGCAAAAAGUACAUAGCCUACAUGGUUUCGGUCUCUAUAGGCUGCUCCUUGACUCACAGGCGUACAUGUUAAAGGAGCAAUAGGCGGUGCCUGCUGUUUCCUGGAAGAGAAAAAAACCCCACAGACCUCCGAGCAGAAUGGUACAUUUAACAGGUUUAUUGGCCGAAGUUGACGCUCAGACUUGGGCUACGAGCAGCGUGUAGGAGGCUUGUCUGCUCAGUAAGGGACCGUCUGUCUUGCACAUUUUGACAGAUAGCCAAUCAAAUCUGUUAUUCAAAUUGCUUCUCUUAUAUCAGUGACCUAUAUCUCAUGCAUGUGCGCCAAGAGUCCACAGUAACCUCUCCACCGGAUCAGACAGCAUGGGGAUCAACGGGUUAGACAAUCAGGCUCAGCCGUCCAGCGGAGACUCCCUGACGGAGCAGCCAGCUGCGGAUCCUCAGAAGGAGCAGAGGGAUGCUCCCGGAGGAGAAGCGGACCGGAGCAAGGAUGACCAGGCGGCCGACAGCGAGUGUAAGAUCGCGCAGGAGGACAGCGCCGUGCAGAUGAUCGAGGCCGGGUGCAAGCCUCCCCUCUCCCCGGGUUCUGAAUCCGAGGCGGGGGUCCAGGUGGAGGUGCACGGCCACGGAGCGGGAUUCGUCCCACCCGAAGGAGGUUACGGCUGGCUGGUGGUCUUUGCGGCCACCUGGUGCAAUGGGUCUAUCUUCGGGAUCCAAAACUCUUUCGGCAUCCUGCAUAUGAUGCUGGUGAAGGAGCACGCAAACCCGGAGGACAAGACGUCUCAGUUCAAAGUGGCCUGGGUCGGGGCCCUUGCCAUGGGCAUGAUCUUUUUCUGUUCACCUGUGGUCAGCAUGUUCACAGACCGCUUCGGCUGUAGGAAGACAGCUGUCAGCGGCGCAGUACUGGCUUUUAUAGGGCUGCUCAGUACAUCAUUUGCAAACUCCCUAAGCCUUCGCUAUUUCACAUAUGGCAUACUGUUCGGCUGUGGCUCCUCCUUCGCCUUCCAGCCCUCGUUGGUCAUCCUCGGCCACUACUUCCGCCAGCGCUUGGGCCUGGCCAACGGUGUGGUGACAGCCGGUGCCAGCCUCUUCUCCAUGGGCCUCCCAGUUUUCCUCAACAAGGUGGUGGAACCUCUGGGCCUCAGCAGGACCUUCCAGAUCCUUAGCCUCUUCAUGCUGGUCCAGGCCCUGCUGGCGCUGAUGUUCAAACCUUUACUGCCUGCUGGAGGAGGGAUGGGACCCCCAGGCAUGGGUCCUGGCCCUGCCAAUCCCCAAACACAGUCAGGGGCCACGGCUCAAGCGGGGAGCAGGUGGAGCAGGGUCCUUGGUGGGGUCAGGAAGUACUUCAACCUGCGUGUUUUUCACAUUGUGACAUAUCGAGUGUGGGCGUUUGGAGUUGCCACAGCUGUACUGGGCUACUUUGUGCCAUAUGUUCAUCUGAUCAACUUUGUGAAGGAGCAGUUCAAGGACACCCAGAAGGAAUGGGUGCUCCUGGUAUGCAUAGGAGCUUCAUCUGGAGUGGGACGCCUCGCUUUCGGCAAAAUUGGCGACCUCAUUCCUGGUCUUCAAAAGAUCUACAUGCAGGUGGUGUCCUUCAUGGCUCUGGGCCUGAUGUCUAUGAUGAUUCCUCAGUGCUCGGUGUUUGGGGGGCUGGUGGUCGUGUGUGUGUUCCUGGGGCUGUGCGACGGCUGCUUCCUCACCAUGAUGGCUCCCAUAGCGUUCGAGCUGGUCGGGCCCAUGCAAGCUUCACAGGCAAUAGGCUACCUUUUAGGCCUCAUGGCUCUUCCCAUGACAGCUGGUCCACCCAUCGCUGGUCUCCUACAUGAUUACUUUGGGAACUACACGGUGGCCUUCUCCCUGGCUGGGGUUCCUCCUAUGGUGGGGGGCGUGGUGCUGUUCUUUGUGCCCCUGAUACACCGCAGGCUCCAGCGAGGCCAGGCAGCGUCACCUGAGGAGACAUCCACAACUGCCCACAUGCUGCCCACCGCCCAACCAGCGGGGGAGUCCAAGAGCUGCUCCAAUGGAGACAUCCUGCCUGGCUACACUGAUGUAGAAACACACAUCUGAGUCGCUACCUACAAAGGGAUUCAGCCCACCAGCACAUUUUUCUCAUCCUUAGAUUGCCCUCCUCCCAACCAGAGCUCCUAACCAUGGACUUCCUGUUGGCUGACCUUUAACCCUCUCACCCUCCUGGACUCUCAUUGUCUGUUUGUUAUUUUCAUGUGGAGAGAAAUCGAAAAGGCUGGCUUAGAAGCCACGAAGAGGACGAAAAAGAAGGCACAUCAGCGUGGGAUGAUGGACACGUUUAAGGAGGAUAAGCACAACACAGUCUCAGCUCAGAUUGUCUGAUCCACGGGGACUCUGUAGUAACACAUACCUCCAAGAGGAAAGAAAUAAGAGAUUUUAACUGACAGCGGUAGUUUCUGAUCUUACACGUUUUAUCUUGCUACCACAGCUUUUUGAAGCUGUGAAAAACACUAUGCUUUGUUUUUAGAUUCUAUAUAAACACGCUGUUAAAGAUAAGAGCUAUAUAAAGUAAGAAUUAAUGAAGGGAUACAUUCACGCUAUCUUUAUGUAGUACCUCAUGUAUCUAAUUUUUUUUUAACACAAUGCAUUUUUAUUUAGUUUGUGUAGCGGAAACACAAUCUCAUCUUGAGUGAUUUGCAGGUUUGCGUUUUUCUAUCCUGCUGUUUCCUGCUGUGACAAGAGAAACAUCUGUUGUAAAUGUCACAGGAGGCACCAGACAGUUCUUCUGAGAGAUCAGCCACCAGGCACAAUCACCUCAACUCAACCGCGCACUGUAACGCACUGUACUCACACCCAGGGUCCAAAAACUUCAACAACUUAAACUUCUCUACAGGCCUGCCUGCAUGGGAGCCAGAUGUGUGAUUGAUGUGUGAUUGUGGCAGCUGCUGAUUCGUAUGCCAUGAACCGUAGGGUGUCACAUUUUUGUCACGGUUUUUAAUAUAGGUCAGUGAUUUUCCAGUUUGUGGCAGGUUAACGUAUGCAGUCAAAGUCGGUAGGGGUGAGUUGUGAAAGUGGCGCAUCCGCUACCUGAAUUCAUGAAACGUGACACUUCAGUUGAUACAAAGUCUUCUUAUGAGUCUGUACAGCCUUAACUAUCAGCAUUUGUCUUUUCCAAUCAUCAACAGUUUUUAUUAGCCUUUUUAAAUUUUUAGCAGGGUGAUAAAACCACAUAAACUGUGUUUGUUACAGCUUUGAAAAAUAAUCCAGAAUAGUUUUCUUGUAGUGUGCACACUGUAUACUCGUUCAGUUGGAAAGCGUUGGAAUCAUGCAGGCCUAACGGGAGAUUCAAAGCUGUUGGUAGCACAGUUUUUUGCCAAUUUAAGAAAAAGGCAUUUUGUAUUAUUUUAUUCCACACUUUUCCUCUGCGCACUGACUGCACCUACAUUUUUGAUGGUAGAGCAGUUACAUAAUAUGAAACUACUAUGUUACAAUCUAUCGACGAGAGGGGACUACUGACAUUAAAGCUGCCAAAUGGCCUGAGCCCUCGUGAGGCCAUUUUACAGAUAAACCAAUCAAUUUGCUGCUUCGGUUUAGCUUUGUGUUACGAGGGCGUCACUCACUGUGUGUAGUAAUUUAACAAAACAUCACAGCCUCGUUGAAAGGACAGUUUGCAGUUAUUAUGUUUCAUAAACAUUUGGACCACUUACCUCUGCAAUCUUAGAUUACAGGUUCUCUUGAACAAUGAACUUUAAUGAACAGAUGUGAAGUAGAGCUGCAAUAAUUGACUGUUCGAGUUACACUCUGUGGUUAUAUGCAUAACUGAAUAGCAGAGAGGGGAAUUGGUACACAGCAAGGAAGGAAAUGCUCUGGUGUUCAGGUGGUAUUCCUUUCUGUCCAUUCCCCUUUUUGCUUUCACUGCCAUUAUUCAGUCAGUUUCUGUGUUACACUUACACUUUAGAGCCUAAAAGCUACACAAACCUCACUGCUGAGUGUAGUUUUUGGGGGGUAAUGCUAUAGGACAUACAUACACCUAUACCUCAGUAAUCAAACAAUCCUCAGCAAUCUAGUGGAACCUGUUGACAUUCUUCAUUACUUUAUCGUUCUGUGUAUUGGUUUGUUUCAAUCUGAACCGUUCUCAGAGCCACAAAGCUGCCAAACGCCUGUUUUAAAUCCACCUCACUUUCUCCUAAACCUCGUUAGUGUCUGUUUAGGCACCACAAAACUGUGGAAAGGUCAAACUUCCAUUCCCCGUAAUCCAACAGUUUAGAGAUUUUAUCCUUCCUCCUUAUUUUGCCUUCAUAUCCAUAUGCUUCUUUGUUUUUGAUCCUCACCGUUCCUGGACUCUCUUACCGCUUACACUACGCAUUAUCAUUAUCUUCAUUACAGCCUCAUUUCUGUGUCUGUAAUUGAGGAAAUGCAGUCAUAUUAAUGUUUAAUGUCCUUAACUAAAGAUAAAACUGAGCUAAAGAGGCACUUAAUUAUAAGCAGAGUUUUAUACAGUAAUUAAAGCAUGUUUCAAAACAAAAAACAUAGGCCUCUAGUUUGACUAGGGUAGUGUUACAUUUUGGGCUGCAUGAGUUGAGUUAACUUGAGUUAAGUGUUAAUGCCCUCCUGCUAAAUAAAUACUGGUUAACUGUGAAAUGUAUUUAAUUUAUUAAUUGUUUUAAGUUAUGAGGGUUGCAGGAGAUGCUUUCUAUAAAACCGCAGAACUGCAUGUAAAAUCAGAAACCUAUAUUCCUAACAGCUGAUUUUCAGUUAUUUGCACAGCGAUGUAAAGAUGAUAUUUCUACAGAGAUGAAAUAAAGAGGCAACAUUUGGUGAUGGGUUCAUAUUCUGUUGCACUAACUUAAAAUUGUGUUUUUGCUCCACUGAAAAAACCAGCCCAGAGUGUUACUUACAAGUUGCACUAGUUUACUGUUGUCAAACUAGAGGCCUGUGUCACUGAAGUCCCACAAUCUGGCAAAUGAAUGAGUAAAUGAAGACUACUACAGAGGGAUUAUCCUCUGGCAGCCAUAUUGGAGGACCUCGUCCUUUUGCUAAACGAUUGCAGAAGGUUGUGUUUCUAUGCACGAAACGUAUCCGUCUCAAAAUUAAAUAGAAUUGCUCAGUUUUAGUGUUUUUUGACUGUGAACUGAUGUUUUGUUUUUUGUUUUUUUCGGUAUUGAAUAUGUCGUCUCCUUGUCAGCUUGUGGCUUAACAUCACUGUUGUUUUCUAAAAGAUAUUUUUGAAAUAGACACAAGGAGUAAAAAGCAAGACAUAUGAGUCACAACAGUUUGAAAACAAACCUGCCUUAUAGUUACUGAACAGCUGUGAUACAGCAGACCCACAUUUGACCAGAGUUGAUAGAUUUGAGACACAACUGCAAAGCUUGUAUAGUGAAUUUUUCAGAUCUUAACAUGACUUUUUACUAUAGUCAUUGACAAUCCUGGAUCUUUUCUUAACGGCCUCCUCGAGCCCGACUCAGUUUCUGCUCAGAAGCAGCUUGAGUGCUCCUUUUUAUUAGAAACAUGUAUCAACAUAUGUACUUUAAAUACUCUGUAAUGGUUUUUAAUUAACCAUGAAUUGUUUUUAUUGUGUUGGUUUGUUUUUCAGAAUUGUUUUUUAUUUGUUGUUGUUUUUAGUAAUACGUUUCAAUGACUGGAAAAAGAAAACGCUAUGGGGUUCGGUGUUCAGAUUUGAAAUAAUAUAUAAAAGUGAAGGAGCUGAAUGGAUGAAGAAUGACGCAGUACGACUGGAUGGUUGCAUGAUGCGUGCUGAACCAGUGUUUGGCUUGCCAAAGUCUUUCUCUAUGCAGCGUCGCUGGGCUCGUGGUCAACUUCCUGUGACCGCUUCACCUUCUGAAGUCUGAACAUGUCAAACUCUAAGCGAUUAAUGUUUACUUGGAUGCCCCAAGUUUGCAUUUGUCUCCUGUAGCAUUCUCUGUAGCCUGCAGUAGUUUCAGGCCCAGCUGAACCUACAGUAGCCCCUUACCUAAACUAUAAACUACUAACACUACUACAUGUUUUAUUGUUUUUAUAAUUAGAAUGUUUUUGAGCUGUUGUUGGACUUUUCCCUGACAGUUAAAAUGGUGAAAACGUUUAUCUCCUGUGUUUGCUUUUCUUCACCUACAGUGUGCAGGUCAGAGCUACAGAGAGGCACAUUUGGCACAUUGAAAAGGCUCAUAUCAGACACUGGCUUACACAUGGCAAGCUUAAGCUAGGAGGCACUAUUAAACUGCCCUGUGUUACAUUCUUCCAAAUUUAGUGCAGAACAGGUCAAAUUAACUAAAAUCAACAUGUUUAUGUUGUCUGUUUAAUAGUUAAUAUGUCAUAUUUACUAAUUUAAUUAGUUUUUAGUCAAAUGUAGCUCCAUUUCAUUUAGCAUUUGCUACCUGACUUGAAGUCAGACAUAGCAAAACUGAGCCUUGUUAUUCUACUCUGCAAAUGUGCCAUUUCUCCGCGCCUCUGAUCUCAACCUCUGCUUACCGCUUUUCCUCAGCCUGAAACUGUACAAACAAUCUGUGAAACAGGAUAGCUGAAGGUCUGUAUAUUGUGAAGCUGAGCCGUGAUUUGCAAAAAGUCAACACCUCAUAUGGACCUCUUCCAGCAAGAAUACUUUUUCAGUGCAGUUGCCAGUACCAGUCAUCCUUUUUGAAUUGUGUGUGAAGGAACUUUUUUUUUAAUUGCUUUUAGUCACGCACCUGAAUAAUGUAUAAGCCGUCAUAUGAUCCAUAUGUUGUAGAACCCUUGUAUUAUUCAUGCAUAUUUUUCUUAUCUUGACUGUAGGCAUCAUUUUUUCACAGCUAUAAAUACUUUUUCUGGUGAUGUAUCUGCAUUUAUAUUUCUGUAUGGUCACCAGGGCAAUAGUUUGGCCCUGGCCUUCCCACAGCCUUACUUGUUGAAAUAUGAGGAAUAUUUCAGUGCGGGGCUCUGCUAAACUUUCCUUCUUUAACCUUAAGUAAGGUUGCUGCAGUUAAACCUCUAUUGCCUGUCUUUUCUUCUUAAAGCUGUCAUUCUCUGUCCUCCUUACACAAGCUAUUUUUUUUAAUAUAAAUACAUAGCCUACUUCUCUUUUAGUUAUUUUACAAAAUGUUCUAACAAGGCCAGUGAUGCCGCAAGAUCUGAAAUUAAGUCAUGCUGCUAGAAAAAAAUUAAUGUAAUUUUUGUGUUUUUGUCAAAGUAAUUUUGAAUCUGUAUCAAAAGAGGCACAUUUUUUCUAUCAAACCAACAAUAAAGAUGUAAUAUGAAAACAA